AUGACGCUCAAGGUAAAUCAGGAUCUCUUAAAAAAGGCCAUAGCUGAUGUAUUCGAAGGGACAAGGCAGAAAAAGCGAAAAUUUGUAGAAACCAUCGAACUUCAGAUCGGACUGAAGGAUUAUGACACGCAGAGAGACAAACGUUUCUCAGGAACGGUAAAAUUAUCUAAUGAGGUAAGAAAGAAGUUAAAAGUAUGUAUAUUAGGAGAUGCCGUACAUGUUGAAGAAGCACAAAAAUUAGAGUUAGAUUAUAUGGAUAUUGAAGCUAUGAAGAAAUUAAAUAAAGAUAAAACAUUAGUUAAAAAGUUAGCAAAAAAAUACGAUGCAUUUUUAGCCAGUCAGGUAAUCUUACCACAAAUUCCUAAAUUACUUGGUCCAGGUUUAAAUAAAGCAGGAAAGUUUCCUUCCCUCAUUACACAUAAUGAUAAAAUAAAUGAUAAGAUUCUUGAAUUAAAAUCAUCAAUUAAAUUUCAACUAAAAAAAGUCUUAUGUAUGGGUGUACCUGUUGGUCAUGCCAAUUUGAAAGAAGAGGAAUUAAGAUCUAACAUUGUUCAUGCAAUUAACUUUUUAGUUUCUCUUCUGAAAAAAAAUUGGCAAAAUAUUAGAACCUUGCAUAUUAAGAGUACCAUGGGAAAGCCACAGAGAAUUUACGGCUAA